AUGGCCAAAUGGCUGCGGGAAUACCUGGGCCGGGGGGCACGGCGAUCCCCCCCCCGCCCGCCCCAACCCGACUACAGCGGCGGUGAGCGCCGCCCCCACGGAACCGGCACCGGGACCGCCUCCCCCCGGCACCGGCUGGUGAGGGUGGGGGGUCCGGGUCGAUUGGAGCAGGGCCCCAACGAGAGCGAAUACUCGGAGCCCUUCGAUCAGGACUCGGUGCCCGAGGGCGGCAAUGAAGACCCCCGCGAUGCUGCAGGGCGCCCACGGCAUGGCGAGGGGCAGCGGGUGAAAACGCAGCGGGGCCCAAAGCUCUACGACACCCCCUGCGAGGGAUGGGAGAAGGUGGGUGAGGGCACGGGGGGGGGCGCAGCUCGUGACAGCCGCCUGCCGCGCGACGACGAGCGGCCGGCCGAUGAGUACGACCAGCCCUGGGAGUGGAAGAAGGAUCACAUCUCACGGGCGUUCGCAGUGCAGUUUGAGAGUCCUGAGCGCUCCCCCAGUCUGUCCCGACAGCCAGCGCGCCCCCCCCGGCCCCCCCCGGGCACCAGGCCGAUCUGCCCCCCCAGCCCGGGGCACGUGGACACCUCGCUGCCCCUGGAGAAGCAAGUGUGGUACCACGGCCCCAUAGGGCGCGCGGGCGCCGAGACACUGCUGGCACUGUGCCGCGAGGGCAGCUUCCUGGUGAGGGACUGCGAGACCAGCCCCGAGGAUUACUCGCUGUCACUCAGGAGCAGCCACGGCUUCGUGCACGUGAAGCUGACGCGGACGCGGGAGCAGCACUUCGUGUUGGGCCGCGCUGGGGCCGCGUUCCCCUCCGUGCCCGAGGCCGUGCGGCAUUACACGGCGCGAGCGCUGCCCGUCCGCGGCGCCCGGCACCUCUCGCUGCUCUACCCUGUGGCUGCACAGCCACCCUGAGCCCCACGGUGCCGGGGA